UGGUUUGAUUCGAAUGGCGUUGCGAGCGGCGGUCCGAUCGUUUGCGGUGGUGGCACUGCGCCCAAAGCCGGCGGCGGAAGUGUUCCAUGCCCAGACCUUCCAAGUGCGCAAGAUGAGUGUGUUCUCAAGCAUCAAGGACAACAUCUCGCACCGGUUGGAAACGCGCAAGAACGACAAGAAUGCCCAGGCAUACGUGGACCAGAUCAACUUCUUGGCCAACUCGAAGACGUACACCCUUCAGGAUCACUUUGAGCAAAUGAAGAAACAAGCGGAAGCGGGCGGUGUGACUGGAUGGAAGUCCAUGAUGCCAGGGGUGUCUUCGAUGCCUCAAAUCCAGCAGAUGAAGGCAAGUUUGCAGAUCAUGGAAGCCAUGGAGCAAACCCACCGCGAAAACCCGGCGCUUAUCAACGGCAAGGUCAAGCGAAUAGUGUCGGAAAAAGUCGGCCAGUCGUUGGAAGAGAUCAACAACACACUCCGGUCGUACGAGCAACUCAAUUCCCUUCGCUUGUGGCUACGCAAGCGCGUCGAGCGCGGCCUGCCGCUGCCAGACUCGCUGGACAACACCACAGAAAUGAUCCGUGAAGACCCCACGGGAUUCCCGACCAAGAACUUGCGCCCCAAGCGUCGCCGUUAGGAACUGUGCACGAACAAGCAUAUGAUUGAUUCUCCACUACUCCAUGUAUGUGUGGUUGACUGUAAUACUAGCAGUGUUGCUCGCCA